AUGGACUUCAAAAACAUCAUUCUUCCGUUCCAAGACUCUUCAACACAAUGGGACAUCCGCAUAGACGAAGGAGUAGUUACCUCCAUGGAACCAUCCGCCGACAAGACAACACCAAGCGUAAUGCUUCCCUCACUCUGCCAUCCUCAUAUCCAUCUCGAUAAACCAUAUCUCCUCACCUGCAACCACCCAAGAUCCUCCAAUCAUCCAGACUACUCUGAUCUAGCCCCCAAAACAGGAGGAUUUCAAGAAGCCUUGGCCAAUACAGCUGAAGCGAAGAAGCGCUACACCGAGGAGGACUUGUACUUACGAGGCUCUCAGCUUAUAGCCACAAGUUAUAAACAGGGCGUUACAUUUAUGAGAGCCUUUGUUGAGGUUGAUUCCGUCACCGAACUUAAAGCUCUGGAGGUGGGACUGCGGUUAAAGAAGGAGUUCGAGGACUUUUUGACAGUGCAAAUCUGCCCUUUUGCACAGGACCCCAUAUUCUCGACGGAGAAGGGAGAGGCGAACCGAGCAAUGUUUGAGAAAGCGCUUGGACAGUUCGGUUCGGAUAUUGAGGUAAUUGGAAGUACUCCAUACGUGGAAUCUGACCUUGAGGCACAGAAUCAGAAUAUUCGGUGGGCUAUUGAGACGGCAUUGAAACAUGGGAAACAUCUCGACUUUCACAUCGAAUUCAACUUACAGGGCGAUGGAACCCACAUGUUAGUUUUUGACCAUGUCAUUGAAGAGCUCGAGCGUCUUAAUUGGCCUACAUACCCCGGCGCUCCGACUGUUGUUUUUGGGCAUGCUACGAGACUUACUCUGGCUAGACAUGAUGAUCUCGUCAAACUGUCACAGAAGCUGAGAGAGACAAGAUUACCGAUCCACUUCGUCGGAUUGCCAACUAGCGAUCUAUACAUGAUGGGCCGACAUGGCUCUGAUGGUUCAGAACAGAGCGAACCACUCAGUCGGCCAUGCGGUACAAUCAUGGUCCCCAAGCUCAUUCAGGACUACGGAAUCAAUGCUUGCUUAUCAGUCAACAACGUCGGCAACCCAUUCACUCCCCACGGUGACGGGGAUCCCCUCAAAGUAGCAAGCUUGGGCGUUGGCCUAUUCCACGCCGGGACAGUCGAGGACGCAAAAGUUCUUUACGAAGCUAUCAGCACGCGAGCAAUGGACGCGUUAAAUCCCCGCGCGGAAGGACAUCAUGACAUGUUCACAUUAGCGGAGUAUCACCAGACGAUGCCGAUGCUUUUGUACAAGAAUGAGGAGAACAUCGAGAUUAGUUCGGUGAGUGGAAGCGUCAACGUUCCAGCGAGGCAGAGGCUUAGCAUUCAGGAUAUUGUGUGGGAUCCACCGGAGACACGACUCAGAAGCAUCGUUGAAUAG